UUAUUCAAAACUUGAAUAAACGCGCGAAAAUGCAGGUUAUGUUUACUAUAGUCAGAUAACCGUCGGUUACGUUUUGUAACAAAAUAAAGAGAACAUAAGUACAUUAAAAAACGAUAAAUAACGUUUUAAAAUGUUUAAUUUUAUGUGAAACUUACUUAUAACGUGAUUAAAUCAUACAAUGUCUAAUAAAUUGGUGUCUAUAAAGGUCAAACGACCUAAUAUACUCUUUGAACAGUGGUUAACCGAGUGGAUGCAACAGGAAACGAAUGAUACUCAACAAAAGUAUUAUGAAAAUGCUCUGAAAGCGCUUCAAAAAUUCCCUCUGCCUCUUGCGACAGGGCGGGAAUGCAUCAUACUCAAAGGAUUCGGUGAGAAAUUAUGCAAAAGACUUGAUGAUAAACUGAAAAAUAAAAAUAAAUCACAACCACCUGUUAUACUUCUCAACAAUGUAAAUAUAAAUCAAGUAAAUGAAGAUAAUACGAAUAAAAAUCAAUUACCAACAGAAAUAGUUGCAUCUACUAGUAAUAAGAAUACAAAAACAUACACUCCAGCUUACAGAUCAGGAGCAUAUGCAAUUUUAUGUGCUUUAUACAAAUAUUACAAUGAAAAUCAAUUGAAUGGUGUGUUGAAAAAGGAUCUCAUUGCAAGUGCACAAAGAUUCUGUGAUAAAUCAUUUGUGAAAAAUGAUCAGGGUGGCCUUUACACAGCCUGGUCAUCAAUGAGUACAUUAGUCAGUAAGCAGCUAGUCAAGAAGGAAGGAAAUCCUGCAAAGUUUCAUUUAACUGAAGCAGGUAUACCACUAGCUAAGUCAUUAUAUGAAGAUGCGAUGAAAGAUCCUGAAAAUGCACAUUUUAUCAAUCAAGUUGAUCAGCUUAUUAUACAAGAUCAUGCUAAUGAUGUGCAAGCUGAUAAAAACAAAGCAACUAAAAGAAAAUUACCAAAAAAUCCAAGUUCUUCUUCAUUACAAAGCAGUCAAACAACUGAUUCUGAUAUAAUACAGGAAACUGUAAUUUUUCCGCCUGGUUCAUUCAAGAUAUAUUUAUUAGUUGAUACACAAGAAACCUCGGGCACAUCCAAGACUAAAAAGGAUGUUUAUGAUGAGAUUAUAAUGGAGUUGAACGCGUUGAGUGUGAAUUAUGAAAUUCGGCAUUUAAAAAUCGGUGAUUACGCAUGGAUAUGUCGGCAUGAUGAGACUCAGCAAGAAUUAGUUCUGCCGUAUAUUGUCGAACGGAAACGAAUGGACGAUUUCGGGGCUAGUAUCAAAGAUGGCCGCUUUCACGAGCAGAAAUUUCGCUUGAAACAAAGCGGAAUACAGAAUCUAAUUUAUUUGGUUGAGAGUCAUGGUAAUAAUACGCAUUGUGGGAUGCCUAUAAGUUCGAUUUUCCAAGCUGCAACUAAUACUUUGUUACAAGAUGGAUUUUCAUUAAAAUUUACGGAUAACAUUCGUAAAACUGUGGAAUAUUUGGCAUUAUUUACGAAAUUAAUGUGUAAAAUCUUCGUGGAGAAGACUUUGAUGAAUUGUGCAAAGGAAGAUUUACAAAAGUGUGUGCUAGGAGAAGAUUUGAUUGGAUUAAUGACGUUUAAAGAGUUUAAUUUGAGCUCAACAAAAAAUAAGGUAAUGAAAGUAAGCGACAUGUUUGUUAAACAACUACUUCAAUUGCACGGAAUAUCAGUUGAUAAAGCACUGGCAAUCGUCUCGAAGUAUCCAACGCCACGAUUACUGAAGUUUGCAUACGACGCAUGCGAAAACAACAAAGAAGCAGAAGGUUUGCUGAGCAACAUUGAGUUUGGUACUUUGAAUAAAAAAGUUGGCCCUGUUAUAUCCACAACGAUUUAUCAACUUUACAAUUUUAAAGAUUAUUAAUUAAAUCAUCGAAGAUUUUAUAUUUUAAAA